ACUUCUCGCAUCAUCACUGUGUAGAGUAGAUUUUUUUGCUGCUAGUUACAAAGAGUUAUGAACUUUGAAAAAAGUCCCUUGUAAUUCUGUUCACGCAACCUGCAAAGCAUGAAAUGACUUUUGGUGUUUCUAAAAGAUGACUAGUAGGUCUGUACUGAAAGGGGUUGCCGUGAAGGAACUGCAUGACAUCGCAGAGUUCUGCCUCAGUCCUAGUAGAGCUGUUAGUGAGGAAGGCUUCAUGGAAGUACUCUCUGUUUUGAUAUCGGUUACCAUGUCAGCCAGCAGCAAGAAAUUCACAGAAGGCUAGGAAGAGAAGCAAUCAGCAGAAUGUAAAAGCAAAACAAAAUUGUACCAUCAAGUAUAGUUUAAAACUUUCAGCAAAUCCGACUGUGGGUAGAAAUCAUCAAGGUCCUGUUGUCCAUCUAUAUUUCUUAAAUUUGACAUCAACAAGGAAAAGACAUAAAAAUGAAUAUCUCUCAUUUAUUCAAUGGCACGAAUGUGCACAUCACACCUGUCUUCCAAGCUUGUGAACAGAUUAGAGACCCAGUGCAAUUUAUUGUAGUGCCACUGGUGUACUUGUUGGUCUUUUGUGUUGGACUUCCAGGGAAUAUUAUUGCACUACUUGUAUUUAUGCAGAAGAGCAAAAAAAUAAAGAAGGCCAUCCGGAUAUAUUUAAUCAACCUAACUCUGUCUGAUGUACUUUUCAACUUGACUUUACCCUUUUGGAUUGUGUACUAUUUUAAUGGAGGAGACUGGAUCAUGUCAGACUGGGGUUGCAGAAUAGCAGGAGCUGCCUAUUACCUGGCCACAUAUAGCGCUAUAACAUUCAUGAUGCUGAUAAGCAUUAAUAGGUACUGCACGGUUCAGAUGGUCAAGAUUCGGUUAUCUUUAAACAAACAAAAAGGUGCUGUUUUAACUUGUGUAUUUGUUUGGCUCUGUUGGUCUGGUUGUGCUAUUCCAUCCCUCACAGAAAGUCAAACAUUUCAGACGAAUAUGUCUACUACCAAGUGCUUUGAACAAUUCUCUGAACACAAAAAUUAUGCAUUUGCCACCAUAGCUUUCUUUUCAUUGUCAUUCUUAGUUGUUUUUGUGACUUAUGUGUCGAUAAUGAGGUCACUGUCUUCUCAGAACACCCAAGCCCAAGGGGCUCAUCGGAAACUUGCCAAGACCAUGGUCCUGGGAAUGCUGUUAGUUUUUGUGAUCUGUGUUGCUCCCUACCAUCUGAGUCUUGCUUCUUGGGUGCAGCAUCGAACAGCACCCAUAGACUGUAAGCCAUCUAAUGCGGUGGAUAUUAUUCAUUAUCUGAGUAUUGCUUUACUUAGUAUUAACAGCUGCAUUGAUCCUUUGAUUUACUGUUUUUCUGUAAAGAGAUUCAGAGCAGAUUUGAUGAAAACAACCCGAAAAAUAUUCCGCUGUCUUCUGCUGCAAACAGGUAUGUCUGACACCUCCGAACAUGGCAAUAGAUCCACAUCCUUCACAUCUUCCUAAUGGAGAGAACUUUUUUUUUUACUGAUUCCCCACUUUUGCUGGAUAAAGACUCUGGUUUGGGCUUAUUUCAUGAAUACAGAUGUUCCAUAAGUCACUGUUUUAAUGACAGAAUAAGGUGAUAUUAAUUCUGACUGGAAAAAAAAAACUAACAGCCUAUACCUGCCUUUGAUACAGAGGGUCUAAGAGUCAGCAUUUUAAGCAUGUCUCUUCUGAUUCUUAUUGAAACUAGACAUUUGGCCGUAUCUGCUUACAGAAGUGUAUUUAUUUAAAGAGAUUAUGAAAACCACCGAGUAUUAUGACAUUACAAGCUCAUCUCUCAGAGAGAGAUAGCAUGAUUGGGUCCAGAAAUAGGUCAUUUUAGAGAACCACUGUUCAAAAUAGGAUAAAAGUGUUAUAUUCAAAAACAAACUGCACUCAGAAGAUAAACUACUACUCUCAAUCCCUCCUUCUUGUAGAUGACAGAAGGUAGUGAGUAGUAUGACCCUCCCCACAAAAAGAACAGUGUGCAGUACUACUGAUGUUGUCAUUUCAUAAUCCCAAACCUGAUUUCUCAUGAAGCAUUGCUCAGAGGAAGUUGUUUCUGAUCUCCUCAAUGGACAUUUUGUGAAAUAAACAUUCCACUUGAUGAUACUUUUUGCUAAAUGAUUGAUGACCUUCUCUGCAUACAUUGUCCGGUUUUAAGAUAUAUUGAAUGUAUAAAUGAUCUGAAACUAAAAUUGAAGAAAUGUUGGUUGUAAAUAGCAGUCAUUGCCAAUUGUUUUAAAAGAUAGUGUUAACUGUUUAAAAACAACAGGCUGUGUGUUGUGUUAAAUGAUAUCUUGUACUUGUGAUGUAUUACUCAAUUGCAGUUAAUAGCUUGUUUAUGUUUGUCACAUAGCUGAAUGGAUGAACAGCCCCUGCUCUCAGAAGAGUUAUUUUAAUAGAUUGUUCUUGUAAGAGGACUGAAACAGUUAUGAGUCUUAAGGAGUUGCUCUAUGUCUUACAUUAAGCCAAGAGUUACGUAGGAUAAUCUGUUUUAUAAUUGCGUAUUUUGUCAAAUUUAAGUGUCUUCAAAGUAGUUUUUGGAGUUUCAUUUCACACUGUUAUUUAGAGUCCCUAGCUAAUAUUUAUUGCUCGUUUAGUGUACUUCAAGACUUUUUGCCACAUUGUAUGUAUUUCAGAAUGCUUUUGAAUUUUUUAAUUAAACUGUUGAUGUACAUA